GUGGGGGCCGAGGGCCGCAGGAGCUGGGACUUCGGGACGCCCGCGGCGUUCUGAGGCGCCACCUGCGCUGAGGGAGGCGUCUUGGGCGGGUAUCGCCGUUGGGCCGUGGUCCUGAGGCGGGCGAGUCACGCGCUGGCGCGGAAAGAAGAAUGACAGUGAAGUUCAGGCAGUUUACACUUCUUCUUUGGAAGAAUUUUACUUUAAAAAAACGGCAAUGGAUUCUUCUCAUCAUGGUUUUUUUGGAACUGCUUUUCACCGUUAUUCUUUUGAUACUACGUAAUUCUGUCUCUACAAAGCACAUGGAUAAGCUUGUGUUUGCAAAACAGUCCAUAAAUACCCUGCCUUCUUACUUCCUUAAUACCAACAAGCAAAGAAAUUGGGAACUGGUUUAUGUCCCUUCUAACAGUGAAGCAGUGAACAAUCUUAUUGAAAUGGUACAACAAACUUUGAGCAAUAAAUUGAAAAUUCAUGGCUUUACUUCAGAGAAAGACUUUGAAGAAUACAUUAAAUAUGAUAAGAACUCUGAUCAUGUGAUGGCUGCUAUUGUUUUUGACCAUGACUUUGUACACAGUGAGGACCCCUUGCCACUUGAGGUUAGGUACCACUUGCGUUUCAGUUAUUUAUUGAGAAAUACCUCACGAUCUACAAGACUUUUGGUGAUUCCAAAGGAGGAUCAUGGCUGGUGCACGGAUCGUCUUUUUCCAGUUUACCUCUCACAAGGGCCCAGGAACCCCUUGGAGCCCGAUGGAGGUGUUCCUGGAUAUAUCAGAGAAGGAUUCCUGGCUGUACAACAUGCUGUGGACAAAGCCAUCAUGAAGUAUCAUGCAAAAGAAGCAUCCGCAGAAAUUGUUAAACACACGACUGUUUUUAUAAAACGAUUUCCAUUUCCAGCAUUCCUUGAUGACAACUUUCUUACAUACCUCAGUCAGAUAUGGCCCCCAAUGAUCUUAUUUAUCUUCUCAUUAACUGUACUCACAAUACUCCAUACCAUUGUUCAGGAAAAGGAAACAAAAUUAAAGGAUUACCUUCUAAUAAUGGGACUGACACGCUGGCAGGUCUGGGGUGCUGAUUUUGUCACAUUCUUCUUGACACUUUUGAUUACCAUCAGUUUGAUGACUUUGUUCCUAUUCAUUAAGAUUGUAAAACUACCAAUCAUUCGCUAUAGUGACCCAUUGCUGGUGUUUUCUUUUUUGUUACUUUAUGGCAUCAAUACUAUCCUCUUCGCCUUCAUGCUCACCACAUUCUUCAGCAAAGCACUAUUCUCUCUAGCUUCUGCAGAAUCUUGCCCUAAGCUUCAGGCCAUCCUGAAGCUACAUCCCUUUAUCCUUCUGGAAAUCUCUGUGGGUCAAGCAUGGAAUCUAAAACCCAGAUUUAUUGGAGAAGAAAGUUAUGAUGGAUUCUUUGAACCUGAACCUGAACACUUGGUGGCUCGUAUACAAAUUAAAAAUCUGUCCAAGGUGUUCAAGAUGGGGAAUACUGUCAAAGAAGCAGUAAGAAACCUGACUCUAAAUUUAUAUGAGGGGCAGAUCACUGCUCUUCUAGGAGAUAAUGGAGCAGGAAAGACCACUGCCUUAUCUAUGCUCACAGGUCUUUUUCCCCCUACAAGUGGAAAAGCAUGUAUUUAUGGAUUUGAGAUUACAAAAGAUAUGUUUCAUAUCCGGAAGAGCCUGGGCUUCUGUCCACAACAUGAUCUUUUGUUUGAUUAUUUAACAGUAUUUGAACACCUUUACUUUUUUGCCCAGCUGAAAGCAUUGCCUCCAGAUAUAUGUACAAAGGAAAUUAAUAAUAUCUUGGAUGUUUUUAAAAUGGGAGAUAAAAAACAUUCAUUUCCCAAGACACUGAGUGGAGGGAUGAAACGGAAGCUUUCUAUCAGUAUCGCACUUGUAGGGAAUUCUAAGGUGGUGAUGUUAGAUGAGCCAACUGCUGGAAUGGACCUGAUCUCAAGGAGAGCCACCUGGGAUCUCCUUCAACAGAAAAAAAAUGGCCGUACCAUCCUAUUUACCACUCAUUAUAUGGAUGAAGCGGAUCUUCUGGGUGACCGCGUUGCCAUCAUGGCCAAGGGGGACUUGCAGUGCUGUGGCUCUUCAUUGUUCCUCAAGCAAAAAUAUGGUGCAGGAUACCACAUGGUCAUGGUGAAGGAACCAUAUUGUAAAGCUAACGAAGUUACCCGUCUUAUAUAUCAUUAUGUACCAAAUGCCAUUUUGGAGAACAAUAUUGGAGCUGAAUUAUCAUUUAUCUUACCUAAAGAGUACGUAAAUAGGUUUGAAGCUUUGUUCACUGAGCUGGAAACUCAUGGAGUAAAGCUGGGCAUUGCCAGUUUUGGUGCCUCUGUCACAACCAUGGAAGAAGUCUUCCUUCAGGUCAGCAAAUUGGCAGACUCCUCAAUGAAUUUCACAGCCAAUCAGCUCUCCUCCAUGUUUGAUUCUAAAGAAGUUGAGACAGAACGCACUGUGGAUGAUAAGCAACAGAGUGACUCCUUGAUGCCACAGGAUCUCUCUAACAUUCAGUUUAAUACUGGGAUUCCUCUUUGCAUCCAACAGUUCUAUGCUUUGCUGCUAAAAAGGGCCUUGUAUACUUUUCGUCACUGGAGGGUAAUGUUACUGCAGAUUUUGAUACUACUGAUUUUCACUGCCUUCGUCCUAAAAGCCAUCCUCUACUAUUCAGAAGUGAAGGAUGCUCCUGUUUUGGAGUUGAAUUUGCAACAAUAUGGUCAAUCUUUUGUCCCUUUCUCUAUCUCUGGAGAAAGGGAAGUGGCUGGUCGGUUUGCUGAACGCAUGAGAUUUAUGCUAAGAAGUGAGAACCACAUUCUUCAACUAGUGAGUGGUAACGUAGAAGACUUCCUUUUGAGAACUAAAAGAUGUAGUCAGCAAUGUAUUGUUGCUUUUAAUCUUGAGGUCUACAGAAGCAGAACCAUCAUCACUGCUCUGUUUAACAACCAGGCAUACCACGCCGCUCCAAUAGCCCUAACUGUAGUCGACAAUAUUAUGUACAAGUUCAUCUCUGGUCCCACUGCUUCUAUCUCUGUCUUUAACAAGCCUCAACCUCGAACUGUCAACCAAAGAGUAAAGGAACAAUUCCUUGAGGGCAUUAAAGGACAUGAUAUUGCCUUCAGUUUGUUCUUCAGCGUAGCCUUCAUGGCUAGUAGUUUUUCUCUCCUGACAGUCAGUGAGAGAGUCUGUAAAGCAAAGCACAUUCAGUUUGUAAGUGGAGCAUAUAUUGGCAUUUUCUGGCUUUCUGCUUUGUUUUGGGAUUUUAUCGUCUUCUUAGUUUCUUCCUCCCUACUACUGGUAGUCUUCUAUGUCUGUAACGUGAAAGCAUUUUUGGAGGACAACCACUAUGUAGAUGUCUUGUUCAUCUUAAUGCUGUUCGGCUGGUCUACCAUUCCCUUAAUAUAUUUGAUGAGCUUCAUGUUUUCCAGCAGUGCUGCUGCCUACACCAGACUUCUUAUAUUUAAUGUUCUUACAGGCAUUUCUAGCUUUUUCUUGGUCUACAUGAUAGAUGCUAAUGUAAUGGAUUUGGGUAUAUUCAACAAAACAUUGGUUAGUAUAUUCUUUCUGCUUCCUACUCACAACCUUGCAAAGUCCAUCAGUGGAUUUUAUGAUAACUUCAGAACCCAGAGGUACUGCAACAUCACUUCUGAAGACUGUAAGAUUAAUAACAUUAAAUAUGAAGAAAAUUAUUAUGGAUUUCAAGGUCAUGGGAUUGGAAAAUAUGUUAUUGCCAUGAUUGUCACUGGCUUCCUUUUUCUCAUCCUACUUUUCCUCAUUGAGGCCUACCUCUGGACUUGUAAAUCUCUUUGCUGUAAUUUCUUAUAUGGCUGCUUCUUCAGAAAACAAAAGAGGAUACAAGUCAGAAAAAGCACAUUAGUACCUGAAGAUCAAAAUGUGAUCAAUGAGAGAAAGGAAAUCCUAGAAUAUUCCUCAAAGAAACUAUCAUCCUUAGACGGACCUCUGGUCCUUAAGGAACUCUUGAAGAUAUAUUUUCACUGUGUGCCUGUUGUGGCAGUAGAUAAACUAACAUUUAAAGUUAAUAAAGGGGAGUGUUUUGGACUGCUUGGUUUCAAUGGAGCUGGGAAAAGCAGCACCCUCAAAAUGUUGACUGGAGAUGAGACCAUUACCUCUGGGGAGGCCAUAAUUGAUGGCAGAAAUAUCCUCACAAAGAUGACAGAGAUUCGCCAACGAAUCAGCUACUGCCCCGCACAUAACCCGUUGCUAGAACACUUAACGGGGUAUGAGAUGCUAACCUUGCAUGCCCAUCUGAGGGGAGUCCCCAAGCAAUAUAUUCCUGCUUAUGUUAAAAACAUAAUAAGAGCACUUCUCCUGGAUGCCUUUGCAGAUGAACUCAUCAAAAACUACAGUGGUGGUACCAAGCGUAAGCUAAGUACAGGUAUUGCCCUGCUGGGAAGGCCUGAUAUCAUCUUCCUGGAUAAGCCAUCUUCUGGGAUGGAUCCUGUGGCCCGACGCUUCCUCUGGGACAUAGUCUUACGGACCCGUGAGUCCGGCAAGGCCAUUGUUCUAACCUCCCAUAGUAUGGAAGAAUGUGAGGCUCUGUGUUCAAGACUGGCCAUUAUGGUAAAUGGGAAGUUCAAGUGCCUAGGCAGUCCACGGUAUCUCAAGAACAAGUGUGGAAGUGGAUACACUUUACUGGCCAAAACCAAGAGGCAUAAGCAGGCAGAAAUGCAGGAGCUCAAGACAUUCAUCAAAACCAUCUUUCCAGACAGCUCCCUAACACAUGAGCACGAAGGGAUGGUCCAUUACCACAUACCCAGCAAGACCUUUACCUGGGGAAAGGUAUUUGGUAUCUUGGAGUCAAUCAAAGAUGAAUAUGGAUUAGAAGAUUAUUCCAUUAGUCAGAUCACACUGGAGCAAGUAUUCCUGAGGUUUGCCCAGACAUGA